GGGCUAGGUCUUCAUUAUGGUGGUAAGCAUGGGGCAUGUGAUGAUCCAUUAGGUAAAGCCAACCAACAUACUAGUAAAGACUGUGAAGGCAGAUGUGACACACAUCUGCCUUGUAGGGCCACUUCAGAGACACUUGGGAGGGGACGAGUUUGCAGAGAAUUCCAGGGGAAAGAGAUCUUAGAGGCUGUAACGGAAAUAGUGCCCCUUCCCUGAGACAUAGCAACAUGUCCCUUUGUUCAGGCACUUCCUGUGCCGACCACAGGAUGGAGCUGUUGAGCAGGGUUACAACCAAGUGAGUGGCAGCCCGCCUGCACGCAGAGCAAAGCAGGGGAGGUCCUCUUGCAAGCCACUUCUAGGAACCUUUGGGGCAGAUGAGUGCUGACGGAAGAAAAGAUCGUGGAGUGGGGGCUCGGGAAGGUUUGAGCCUCUGUGCACAGAUCUGCUGUGAUUCACCCGCGUGGUCUGUGGUGUUCCUCCGAGGUGGCCAACAGCAGCCCGCCCAGCUAACACUGAGUUUGAGUUAUUUGCAGUGGCAGGGAUUGAAUUCAGGAUCACUGGGCUAUAUCCUGCCCGCCAACCUUUCCCAGUUUUAAGACAUGGUCUUGCUAAGUUGUCCAGUUCAGCCUUAAACUCACCUCCUCUGGCCUCAGCCUAAAUAGCUGAAAUUAUAGGCGUUCACAGUUAUGCCCCACAGUAGGACCCAUUGUAGGGAUAUGAAAACUUGGAUCUGGAGACUAUGUAGAAGGGACUGGACAGGCUCUCAGUGGAAACAAGGCAACGCCGGGAUGCUCAGACUUGAACCCUGUGUCCAAACACAAUAGCAAUACCACAGUCUACUGUGGAGUCAGUUCUUAACCCAAGGUCUUAUUUAACAGCCUCAUUGCUGCCUUCAGAGAGCACAACUCUGGGAAUUCCGGGAACAGGGAAAUUGGACAUGGGCCUUCCCUGCAGGGCCAGAAUCACACUGGCUGGACUGCCUACCCUCACUGAACACAAGGGAAGGGGGUAUCAUGGGAAGUAGCUGACUGGUCCUGCCCUUUCCCGCAAAACUCCUACUUCUGCGUGUGUGCGCGUUGGGGGGGAUGAUCUGGAGCCACAAUCAGUCAAAAGUAUAGGGAGCAGGGAUCGAAGCACUGUGGAGCAAGGUGCUGACUCCUCCGUGGGAGCCGAAUAGCAGAAACGUUUCUGGGUGAGUGUGGUGGCGCACACUUUUAAUCCCAGUACUCGGGGGGCAGAGGCAGGCUGGCUGAGUUGGAGGUGGGCUUGGCCUGCGGAGUGAGCUGCAGGACAACAGGGCUACAUAGAGACCCCCACCCCAAUAAAAACACGGAGACCCCCAUCCCCUCCCCAAUGAAAAAAGAAAUGCGUCCGGAACGAAUCUGGUAACCACUGAGCAGAAAGGAGGAUACUUUUGAGACCCGCCAGUUGCUGCAGCUUCCUUCCCAGCAGCUCACUGGCCUGCUGGGAGCACGAACAGCAGCGCUGUGGUGUCCAGCUUUGGCACCAGGGGCGCCAGAGCAGCCGUUCUGUGUAACCUGCUUGACAUCUGGCACUGGGGUUUAAAGGCCAACUGAGGGCUAGACUACAGAACUAAAAGGGUGUUGGCUCCACCCUCAGCCAAGGGAGCCCCGCCUCUCCCUCAGCCUGACCCCUGCGCAAAGCAUGCUGGUAGUCAUGGGCAGCGCGAGGCCGCCGGCCCACCUCGCUAUAGGAUAGGUCUCUUGCUCUGCAUUUUUCUCCCAACUUCGGUACUUCCGGGAUAUCAGGGCCCCAGUUUGCGCGUUGGGAUUCCAGCCUGAUUGUGCCUGAGUCUAUGUAGGCGGACUAGACCCUGACCUUUCAUCCCGAGCCAUCCGAUCCCAGCACGAGCCGGCUAUGCAUGGGAAGCUGCUGCCGCUGGCUGGCCUCUAUCUUGUGCAGGGUCUGCCCUAUGGACUGCAGUCCAGCUUGCUGCCCAUUCUACUACGGACCCAAGGGCUCUCUCUAACUCGUGUGGGUCUGACCAAGGGAUUGUAUGCUCCAUGGCUAUUAAAGCUGGUGUGGGCACCGCUGGUGGACAGGCGGGGCUCCCCGAGGCUCUGGCUGACCCUCAGCACCAUAUCCCUGGGCCUGGUGUGUGGACUGCUGGCUGCGUUGCCUCCCCCGCAAGCUGGCCAGGCACAGCUGCCCAUCACCGUGAUGGGGCUGCUGCUGCUGCUGAAUCUGGGUGCAGCAGUGCAGGACGUGGCUCUGGACACACUUGCUGUGCAGCUCCUGGAGCCAAAGGAGUUGGGACCUGGGAACACUGUGCAGGUGGUGGCUUACAAGCUGGGAUCAGCACUGGCUGGGGGUGGGCUGUUGGUCCUUUUCCCCACUCUGUCUUGGCCAUUGCUUUUUCUGCUCCUAGCUGCCACCUACUGGGUGGCUGCUGCCUUAGCCUGGGCUGCACCGGCUUUGGGAAGACUGCCAUGGCCUCAAGUGUCCGAGCACACCCCCCACACCUAUCUCCUACAAGAUUUGUUGGCUGUGCCUGGGACCCUCUGGACAGCAGGCUUUGUGCUCACCUACAAGUUGGGUGAGCAGGGCGCUGGCGGCCUGUUCCCACUUCUUCUGCUGGACCACGGUGCUUCCGCCUCAGACUUGGGGCUAUGGAGCGGCUUGGGUGCCAUGACCUGUUCCAUUGCUGGCUCCUCAUUGGGUGGAGCUCUACUGGCCAGGCACUGGCAGCCGCUGUCCCUGCUGAGGUCAGUGCUACAGCUUCGCUUUUGGGGUCUGGCCGGCCAGACUGCCCUGCUUUUCCACCUCAGCACCCCAGGCGCCAGUCUGGACCCUGGCACAGUCAUGCGAGGGGCAACAUUGCUGAGCAUAUGUGUACAACAGUUUCUGGGGGGUGUGGUCACCACGGCCACAUUCACUGUGAUGAUGCACUGCAGCCAGUUAGCACCCAGAGCCCUGCAGGCCACACAUUACAGCUUCCUGGCUACUCUGGAACUGCUGGGCAAGCUGCUACCGGGAAUCCUGGCUGGAGUGCUGGCUGACGGCCUGGGCCCACGUCUCUGUUUCACCGCCUUCCUUGUACUCUCAGCCCUACCCGUCCUGGAUCUCAGCCUGGCGCCCAGUCACCUGACCUGAGCUGGAUGUUAGGACUGUCCAUAAAGCCAAUAAAGCUGAUGUAUGGCCCAGAUGUCCGGGACACAGGAGCUGCAGCUAUCUCCAAACUGAAGGCUGCGUUCCCAGGAAAUAUAUAAAAUUACUGAGUGCUUUUUA